AUGACCAUAGAGUGUAAGCGGUUUCUAAAACAGCAAGAUUAUAAAAAAAUUAAAAAACUAUGCGCAAAACGCCAGAAGUUGUUCGUGGAUGUGGAAUUCCCGCCGACAAGCAGUUCACUAUUCUUAGAACCGGAAAAGUCUCAUGCAGAAAUUGUCUGGAAACGUCCAAGUGAGCUUGUUGAUAAUCCAAAAUUGUUUGUGGAAGGUGCAAGUCCAAAUGAUGUGACGCAGGGAAUUCUUGGAAACUGUUGGUUUGUUUCGGCAUGUUCGGCAUUAACACACAACCAAAGGUUGUUGGAUAAGGUGAUCCCAGAUUCUGAAGAACAAGAAUGGUCUUCAGAUAAGCCUUACUGUGGCAUAUUUCGGUUUUGUUUUUGGCGUUUUGACGAAUGGACCGAGGUGGUCAUUGACGAUUUGCUCCCAACGCGUCAUGGCAAGCUGUUAUUCGCUCGUUCCAAAACACCGAACGAAUUCUGGAGUGCAUUACUGGAGAAAGCUUUUGCCAAACUGUAUGGGUGCUAUGAGAACUUAAUUGGAGGACAAUUGGCGGAUGCUCUACAAGAUGUAUCUGGUGGAGUCGCAGAAACUAUUAGUAUUCCCAAGUUCCUUGACGGGGACCUGACAGACUCUAACUCAGAACUCUUUCGAACGCUCAAAAAUGCUUUAGAUCGUAAAGCUCUCGUCGUCGCCGCAAUCGCUGCGAAAAAUAAGGAUGAAAUUGAGGAAUCUCUAGACUGUGGUUUAGUCAAAGGUCACGCUUACGCUGUAACUGCUGUCCGACUUAUUGAGCUCGAUGCAAAACAGCCAUCUCAGGCGCAUUCUUACUUAUCGUUGCCUAUAGCCAACUUUACCGAACACCAGAAAAUGAUAAGACUGCAGAAUCCAUGGGGGGAGAAGGAGUGGAACGGUCCUUGGUCAGAUGGAUCUGCUGAGUGGCUACAGGUAACUGACGCAAGAAAGAAGACUAUUGGAAUUACAGUUGAUGAGGAUGGAGAAUUUUGGAUGCCUUGGAAUGAAUUUAUGCAAUAUUUCACUGAUCUCAGCGUAUGUCAACUGUUUGAAACAGCACUCUCGCCUCUGCACAAAAACUUUUUUGAGUGGAAAUUUCAUGGAGAAUGGAAAUGUGACGGAAAAAGUGGUUCACCAAAUGAUCGUGCCGGUGGCUGCUUGAAUUUUCUUGCAACUUUUUGUUCUAAUCCGCAGUAUCGUUUUGAUGUUACUGAGGACAGAAGCGAAGUAAUGUUGGCACUUUCUCAGCGAGACCCAUUAAGAACCGGAAAAUCAAGGGAACCGUAUGUAACAAUCGGUAUUCACGUAAUGAAAGUUGAAAGUAAUAGGAAAUACAGAGUGCAUCAGCCUACUGAAGCAAUCGCCACAUCAGAUUAUGCAAGUUCUCGCUCAGUUUUCUUGCAUCUGAAAAAUUUAAUAAAAGGUCGUUACAUUGCACUUCCUACAACUUUUGCGCCACGCGAAUACGCAGAGUUUUUGUUCCGGAUUUAUUCCGAACGAAACUGUUAUCCGAAGCAGCUGGAGAAGCAUAUUCCAAAGUGUAAUCUGACACUAUGUCGUCGGGUUUCAUACGUUACCAGAGUUACGUUAGUUGCGGCCAAAUUUGAAGCUAACAGAGAGAAAUUGCUCAUUUACGUUAAUUUAGCGGCUAGAAUUUACUGUAUGUUAAUUAUUGACAAAAUAAGAGUGCGAUCUUCAACAGCUGAUCUCAAUGACGCCACCUGGAAUGAAAGUUAUAUAUUCUAUCAGAAAGACAGAAAAUUUCGGUUCAAAAUAGAGGCUUACGAAGAACGAAUGAUAAGAGAUAAACUUGUGGGUGGAGCAGAUAUUGAAGAGAGUGUUGACAAUGAUGUAAGAACCAUUAACGCUAAUUUGACGGAUGGUGACGGUAGCUGCACUGGUUCUGUUCAGUUGUUCUUUCAGUCUUAUGAUGAUCCGAUGUAUCUGUGA